CUGUCUGAUGGUAUAUAAGGCCUGGGUGGGAAGGUUCUGGAGCGUGAGAGUUCUGAGCGACUGCAGGUAUGCUGAGAUUCCUCUUGUUGAGCGUCCUCGCCGCCCUGGUGCUGGCCGAGCCUGAGCCCAGGUAUCUGGAGAAUGUGGUGGAGAGAGUUGUAGGGGGUGAAGUGGCCAGACCCCACUCCUGGCCCUGGCAGAUCUCCCUCCAGUACCUAUCUGGUGGCUCCUACUACCACACCUGCGGAGGAUCUCUGAUCAGGAGACGCUGGGUGAUGACAGCUGCUCACUGCGUCGACACCUCUAGAACAUGGCGUGUGGUGCUGGGAGAUCAUGAUAUCUACACCCAUGAAGGCACAGAGCAGUACAUGAGCGUCAGCAACGUCUACAUCCACCCCAGCUGGAACUCCAACAACGUGGCCGGCGGGUAUGACAUUGCCCUGCUCCGUCUGUCCGCCGAUGCCUCCCUGAACUCCUACGUCCAGCUGGCUAAUCUGCCUCCUUCCGGUCAGGUCCUGCCCAACAACAACCCCUGCUACAUCACCGGCUGGGGCCGCACUCAGACUGGUGGAAACCUCUCUGCCCAGUUGAAGCAGGCCUCCCUGCCCGUGGUGGACCACAGCACCUGCUCCAGCAGCAGCUGGUGGGGCAGCACUGUCAAGACCACCAUGGUAUGCGCUGGUGGUGGCAGCCUGUCUGGUUGCCAGGGUGACUCUGGUGGCCCCCUGAACUGUCAGGUGAGCGGGCAGUACGUCGUCCACGGUGUGACCAGCUUUGUGUCCUCUCUGGGCUGCAACACCCAGAGGAAGCCCACUGUCUUCACCCGUGUGUCUGCCUACAUCGGCUGGCUCGAGGGCUACAUCAACUAAAUUGUUUGGUAAUCUUAAAGCAAGAGUGAUGAUCUGAGCUGAGGAGACAUGACAGACGUCCUGUUCUGUUCAUGUAGCAACAAACACGGAAACCUGCAAUAAACACACUUUCAGUUUAA